AUGCAUACACUUGCAGGAAAGCAAAUUAGCCAGGAUGGCCUCGGUCUCAUGCGUCUGACAUGGGCAAGUGGUGUCACACCGGAAGAGCAAUGCUUCAAAGUCCUGAAAGCCGCCCUCGCCACCGGAGUCAACGUCUGGAAUGGCGCCGACUUCUACGGCACAGCCGAGUACAAUUCUUUACACUUGAUGAAUCACUAUUUGCUGCCAAACUCGUGGAAUACUAGAUGA